GAGCUCGCACGGCAGUUUUAGCCCAUCUCGCGCCCGCCUUCGGAGGAGCACCGCCACAUUUGUCGUCGCCAGGUAAAUUGACCACGAAAUGAAAAGUUUAAGGCACUGAUGGAAGAGAUGGAUGCGCAAUAUGGUGAUGUGUUGUACCACCAGGAGGUCAGAUGGCUCAGCAAAGGAAAAGUUCUUCGGAGAUUUUUUGAUCUGCGUAAUGAGAUCAGAGUUUUUCGGAAAGCAAGGAUGGUAAUAUUCAAGUGCCCACAGAUAAGAAAUGGCUCUCUGACCUGGCUUUCGUUGUGGAUGUAACAGAGAUGCUCAAUGUUUUGAAUGUUCAGCUCCAGGGAAAGGACCAGAUUAUCACCCAGCUUUUUGAUCACGUCAGAGCCUUCAAACAAAAACUACUGCUGCUCAAAACACAUCUCUCAGCAGGAAAUUUAGCCCAUUUUCCCUGUCUUGGAGAGGUAGGCAUGGUGAAAGAGAAGGUCCAUGAAUAUGAUGCUGUUCUCACCAACCUUAUCCAGGAGUUUGACAGUCGCUUUAAGGACUUCAGACACAACACUGCUGACUUUGAGUUGUUUGCUCAACCCUUCACCAUCAGUGUGGAUGCAGUCAGAGACGAUCUUCAGAUGGAACUAAUUGAUCUUUAGUGUGAUUCAGAACUGAAACACAAGUUCACAUCUCUUUCUUUGACAGACUUCUACAAAUGUGUCCCAGCAAACAGGUACCCAAAGAUGUGCAAGUAGGCACAAGUGAUGCUGUCUCUGUUUGGCAGUAACUACCUCUGCGAGCAGACUUUCAGUCUGAUGAACUUGAACAAGGGUAAACUCAGAAGCAAACUAACUGACUCUCACCUACAAAAUAUCUUGUCUUUGUCUGUAAGUCAGCUACAGCCCAAUCUUGAAAAACUUCUGAAAAAUAAGGACCAGUUUCAUAUCUCUCAUUAGGUCACGGACAUUGCAACCGAAUGGUUUUAUUAUUGCUUACAGCUUGACUAGUGUGUCUGGCAUUGAACUGUAUUGUA